CUAAUUUCAAAUUAAAGCAACGGUUUUCCUCCCUAAAUGGAAUAUAAUUAAUAUUCCUUAGUAAUCAGCAAAAGUAAAAAACAUAGUUAAUAUUAAAAUAUAUUAAUGGACGUCCGCAGCCAGAGGCCGCCGUCGCCAACCGUGUCUUCUGGCUCCACAGCCAGAGGAGGCGUCUCCGGAGCCCGCAGCUGCCCCGGGCUGUGCCCGCCGCUCAGGCCUCCUCAGCCCUCCUCGGUGCUGCCCGCUCCUCCGCCCGGCCCCGCCGCUGGCCCCCGACCCAGCGGAGAUCAUGAAUCAGACAGAUAAAAAUCAAUAAGAAAUCCCAUCAUACCUUAGUGAUGAACCACCAGAAGGUUCAAUGAAAGAUCACCCACAGCAGCAACCAGGCAUGCUGUCCCGUGUGACUGGGGGUAUCUUCAGUGUUACAAAGGGAGCUGUUGGCGCCACCAUUGGUGGUGUGGCUUGGAUUGGUGGAAAGAGUCUGGAGGUGACCAAAACAGCUGUUACAACUGUGCCUUCCAUGGGAAUAGGGAUGGUGAAAGGGGGCGUGUCUGCUGUGGCUGGAGGUGUUACAGCUGUUGGGUCUGCUGUUGUAAACAAAGUGCCCUUAACAGGAAAGAAGAAAGACAAAUCUGACUAAAACAUGGAGAUACACUUGCUCUCCACAGCAUUAUGAUGCCAGUGGCAUUGAAUUGCUAAAUUAUGGACUACAACCAAGUCACCUGUUUUGGACGUUUAUCUUCUAACUGCUGUGUUGAAAGUAUUGAUGACUGACUGGCUUUUGUUUAAAAAGAAGAGACCAAUACUAGCACAGUGUAUGAAGGUUUCUCGUACUUAAAUUCCAGCUUUUUAUCUGGUAAAAUGUUACACUUAUUCAGUUGUAACUGAAGAUAUGGUAUAUUUGAAUAUUUACUAUAUAAGUCUUUCAGUUUAACUAAAAAUGUGAAAGUUGAAUUUGGUGGAUGAUCUUUACGGUUCCAUAUGUGUAAUGUGCCAGGUAACUCAUCUGCCCCUUAAGAAGGGAACCUUGAACUACAUAAACUGUACCUUUGAUGUGCCUAAUAGUUUCAGAUGUCUUAGUUUUUUUAAUAACCAUAGUAGAUUAGACCAAGAGGCAUUCUUUUCUUAUUUAAGAUGGUAAAAGUAGCAGGAACUAGAGAAGUUUGAAAGAAAAGAUUCAUGGUUUUAUGAGUGUUAACCGUCUUUUGUUAGAUAUGCAUUAUAUUAAUUUAAUCAUUGAUGCCUUACAAAAGAAAGCAUCUUUUCUAAUACCCUGAAUAUGUGCAGUUCUUAGGAUUAUUAUUAUAUAUGCAUUCUUUCAAAAGUUGUUUGUGAAAUUCAUUUUCCCUCAAGAAUCUCAGGAUUAGUGGGCUAAAGGCAUUUCUUGCUCUCAGCAGAUAAGAUAGUGCUUGUUAACUGUCAGUAGUUAUAACCAAAUUGUAUGCUUCAACCUGGGUUCAUGCUCCAACAUUAAUAAACCUCACAGUGCCUAUGGAACAUUUCUUUGCUGGUCAAAAGCUACAUUAAAGGAGUUUCAUAGUAAGGAGGAAAACAUAAAUCAUUUUAAGUUCUUGAGAAUUCCCUAAAGCAUCCCAAGAUAUAAAAGUUCUUAACACCUAUUUUGUCUCAAGGAUGGAUUAAAUUAUUAGCAA